GGGGCUACAGGUCUCGGGCCCUCAGGCGGAGCAGCGGGCGCCGGACCCCCAGGCGGGGCUACAGGUCUCGGGCCCUCAGGCGGAGCGGUGGGCGCCGGACCCCCAGGCGGAGCGACAGGUCUCGGGCCCUCAGGCGGAGCGGCGGGCGCCGGACCCCCAGAUGGAGCGACAGGUCUCGGGCCCUCAGGCGAAGCGGCGGGCACCGAGUCACCAGGCACGACAGUGGGCACCGAGUUGUCUGGCAAGACUGCGGGCACCGAGUCGUCUGGCAAGACUGCGGGCACCGGGUCACCAGGUAUGACAGCGGGCUCUGAGUCAAUUGGCACAACAGCGGGCACUGGGUCAGGU